AUGCUGAGGGUUGUAAGACACAGUUACGUCAUCAGUGGGCGUCAUAUGAAGUUGUGACCUCAGCUGGCCCGGGUUCACGGCAGUGCGCGGCCGAGAUUUGCCAAGGUGACAUUGACAAAACAGUUUAAUUGGUCAAAGGUCAGAAUCACGCCGCUCAGAAACGAAUUCCUUGGAGAUUCUGCAGCUAAACGAUGCCCCUGACGGCUUCACACAUUACACAUAUAACUGGCAUAAAAUCAUAAGAGAACAGCGCUACCUCUCGCGCCUUAAUGUUGGAGGUGGCUCGUUGAAGAUUUGGGGUGCCUUAGAAGAAACCGGAGUGCUUCCGUUGGCGGCCGCAUCAAUUCAAAUGAAUAGCCUGGAGUAUCAGGAGAACCUUGGCAAACAUCUGGUGCCGUAUUGGGAACCAGACUACACGUUAAUGCAGGACAAUGACCGCAUCCACCUUAGCUGGUCGACAAAGCAGUUCCUUGAAAAGCAAAGAAUUGCUACCCUGAACUUGACUGCAUGCUCCUUUGAUAUAAAUCAGUAA